GCUUCCUGGCUGAGAGUAGAGAGAUAGGGGCUGGGCCCACGGUGGAGAAAUGGCGAGAAUGGUGAGCGAGGUCGCUUCUGGAGAGGAAUUACAGAACCCAGAGCUUCAGGCACCGGGUCGGGGCACAGCGAGAUGGGGUCCACAGCACGCCGGUGCUCGGGAACUUGCCAAUUUGUACUCGCCAGGCAAAAGAUGUCAAGAAUGGAUAAGUGUUGUCCUCUGCUUCUCUCUCAUGGCCUUUAAUUUAAUUCACCUUCUUGCCAAUUUUCAUCUGGGGCAUUCGUGGUCCAUCCUGUUGGGCAUUGUCGCAGGAAUACUCACGGCAGAUUUUGCGUCGGGGCUCGUUCACUGGGGGGCUGAUACGUGGGGUUCAGUGGAUCUACCCAUCUUUGGAAAGGCCUUUAUACGGCCAUUUAGAGAGCAUCACAUUGACCCCACAGCUAUCACUCGUCACGACUUCAUUGAGACCAAUGGUGACAACUGCAUGCUGACCAUAAUCCCUCUAGCAAACAUGGCCUUCAACUUCCUUACCCUGUCCCCUGGGGAGAUUUACCACUCCUACCCCUGGUACUGCUACUUGUUUGCACUAGCCAUCUUUGUGACCUUGACCAACCAGAUUCACAAGUGGUCGCACACAUACUUUGGUCUGCCUCGUUGGGUGGUGUUACUACAGGACUGUCACAUCAUCCUUCCCCGCAAGCACCACCGCAUCCACCAUGUUGCCCCUCACGAGACUUACUUCUGCAUCACUACAGGUUGGUUGAACUACCCUCUGGAGAAGAUGGGUUUCUGGAGGAGCAUAGAGGAUCUUAUCCAGAGUGUGACGGGAGAGAAGCCCAGAGCGGACGACCUGAAAUGGGCUCAGAAAGUCAAGUAAUGCUGCAGGCUGCCUGCACCCUACCUCAGAAGACACUGGCUCCAUCCAGGCUUCUCAUCCCCUUUUUUGCCUCACUCAAAAAGUAAUACAUAGGAUGAAAAACUAACAGUUUCUGAUGCCAUAGCUUUAAGUCUUGCACAUUUGUCUGUUACUUUUACAAAAGGAGGGCUUUUUUGAUGGAUUUUCUUUUCCUUCUCACUCAAGGAGAUCAGUUUCAAUCACAACGUAUGCUUAACUUUUCAGAUGUCUAAUGCAACUCACUGCUUUUUUUAAAUUGAUUUAUGAAGGCUUUUGUUAGAAAGAUAUGGACAGAUACAUAUGUCUAAAAUCAUUUGAAAGAAGAUUCAACAGUCAUUUCUCCUGCAGAGCCACACGUGUGCAUUUGAAGAGUUGUUAGAUCAAGUUGAGAAAAAGAAUUCAGGCUUUAAGGAUGCUUUACCAAUGCUGACUGCUGAAGUAGGUAAAUUACUGUUACAUUUAUUGUCUUAUUGCACAUUUGGAUUCAACUGGAAGUUCUUUAGACUGCUUUUAAUGGAGAGGGGGGCGACCUGUUGUGUCAAUACUGGCCUACGCCCAUUGUAGUUUAUAAACACUUGUUACAGACACAGUCAUAUCUGUCAGCUGAGUAUAGUUAUAGCAUCGUACUUUACAGCUAAAUUGUCACCAAAGUAGUAAACAUGUCUAACAGCACAAACUAUAGGUUUGAAAAUGAACAAACCAAAAACUAUAAAACUAAAACUGUUGCGUAAUAAGAUUCUAACCUGGAAUUUUCAUUGGAACGUCUUGACAGUCAGUUAUCUGACCCUUGAAACAAACUGAUAAUGAUGUGUAUAACUGUAGUCAACGUUGAUGCUUGACUAAUACUUUACCAUCUGAACACCCAUUUGUGUGUUCAGAUGGGUCGGUCUGGCCCGGUAGAGCAGACUAUUCACAUUAUCAUGUAGCUUCUGUGACGAGCAUUUCUAAUUUUAAACUCCUGGUAAGAGGAUGGUUUCAGGAAUGGGGCACAUGGAGUUUUGUCACACUGCCUUACACACCAGAGAUGCAGUAGUUGUCUUUCUUUUGUUGCAUUUGCUGCACUUAUUUGUGUUGUUCUAAUACAGUUUCAGUCUUUCUGGGGUUUGUGCCUGAGUUAAUCAGACACACAGACUCCAGGGUCAUGUGCCAACUGCAUUUAACAUCGCAUUCACUCCUCACAUCUUGCCAUACUUUUGUAUUGGAGGGGCGUUUCAGAGUGUAACAUUCCCUUUGAUUAACACUGUCACAGUUAACUGUCUUUGUAACUGUGACAGGCAGAAGUGGUGAUGUUCCAAGGGCUUUAAUGAAGGCUAAUGAUGCAGGAAUUUCUUCACUCCUAUAGAGUUUAUGUAACUAAGGUGUGGUCAGUAACUUGUAAGUGAGUUGUACAGCAAAGAACUAUGCAUUGUCAUAAGAAGCCCUUAAACAUACCUCAUAAAUCAUCUGAUUAGGUUCAAAUGCCUUUCCUUUUCUUAUAGCUCACACAUUUCGGAAGAAGCAAAACUGGAGCUCAAAAUUUUAGCUACUUGAUAAACUGCAUGACAGAAUCAAGUAAUUAAGUUGGCACACGCAUGAAUGCAAACAGCAUGUUGGCUUGUGCAAGCAAUACACUGGGUCACCAGCUUUCCUUUGAGGUUCUGUAAAGUAGACACCGGCUAGAGAUGACUGUUCAGAUUAAAAUAUAGUUUGGAUUUCGAAACAUGACUCUGAACUGUGACCAAAGGGUCCCAGGGUUUAACCGCCCAAACGUCAUUCCAAGGAAAUCCUGGCAAAGGUUCUGUGGUUUACUCUAAUCCUGAUCAGUUGGGUUGACCAGGUGUUCUAGUCAAAAUAGUUCAAAUAAAGCAAACAACUUACUGAUAGUAAUUUUUAAGCCAAAAUUAUGUUUUAUAUUGUAAUAUUAUAGUUCUAAAUCCUUUUGUGCUUAAUUAUAUGUAUUCAUCCUAGGUCAACAGUGCACAUUGCAUAGUAGAGUAUUGUGAAAAGCAGUUUGUUGUGAACUAGGCAUUGUAAUAUAUUCUGCUAAAUGGAUGGCAUUACAUGUCACUGCUCUGAUGUUAAAGGCCUCCACUCUAGUUUUACUGCUUUGUCAGGAUAUUAGGUACUGUACUGUUUGGACACUGCUGACGGCCAUCAGUAGACAGAAGCCAUGUUUUAUGUAGGAUAUUUGGCUCUGCUGAAUGUUUUAGUGAUCCAGGAAAUUGAUUAUUUUCAAGAACGUAAAAUAAUAAGUAAAUGACAUUUUGUAGCCUUGAAACACUACAAAAUAGGACAACAGCUAAUUAUAGGAAGGUUUAAAGUACUAGAUGUGCCAUAAUUAGUUUAAAUAUUGAUAAAACUGACAUCCUUGCUUCAACAGCAUAUAGUUAACAACCCAUGCUGCUGAUGAGUUUUGGAAUAAUCUGAAUUAUUUUUGUCUUAAUGUGGAGUCUGAGGUAUAUGAAGCUUUCAUUUAACAUGCACUGAAUUAUUCCUCACACUUAAAGACCAGAUCUGAAGUUGGUGGUUAAAGAUGUGCUAUAUUGUAGCCAUAUUACAAUAGAUUUAGCCUGGACACUUAUUUAUUAGGGUAACGUUUGUGAAUAAGCUGUGAUUGUUUUUCCUGCUUGGAGACAAUGGGCUUUCAUCAGUGGCGGUUAAAGGGUGUUUUGUGACAAUGUGUGAUUAACUUAAUAUCUUCCCAUUGGAAACAAUUUUGUAAAAGCAAAUGGCCUUGUUAAUUGGUCUGGGCUGUUUGACAUACUGUGUUGAAAGCUUCUGUAAUAAUCCCUGAAUUUUCUUUUUAAUUGAACUCUUAUCUUCUCCCUGAUUGACGGAUUCAAUGUAAAUCUUGCCAGCGAUAUUGGAACACAGUUCUUUUGAUUGCCCUCCAUUCGCCUCUCUUCUUCUGAGGCAAAACCCAUAUGGAUGUUGUUGUAAAUUUGCUGGUGGUGAUGGAAUUUCAGAUAUCAAAAUAACGCCUUGAUGCCUUUUUUGUCCUCCUUUUGGGGGACUUGCAAUGUAAUAUAUUAAACUGUAUUUAUAAAUAAACUAAAUAAAAACGUAUUACUACUUCCUGUCA